GUAAAUUCAGCGCUCAUUCCUCAUCUAAUAUUUCGUCAACGGAAAAGUAAUUUUGAGUUAAAAGCUGUGAAGAAUGGAGAAGCAGCAGGAGUUGGAAUGGGAAGCAGCACAGAACACUGAGAUCAACGUCGACCUUGUUUCCGCCGCAAAAAGGCAGCUCAAGUUUCUCGAGGCUGUUGAUCGGAACCGUUGGCUCUAUGACAGCCCUGGCCUAGAUAGGGCCAUUUACAGGUACAAUGCUUAUUGGCUUCCAAUGCUGGCGAAACAUUCUGAAUCGCCACUUUUUGAAGCUCCAUUGGUUGUCCCUUUAGAUUGUGAAUGGAUAUGGCACUCUCACAGGCUCAAUCCAGUUAGAUACAAAAAAGACUGCGAGGAGUUCUAUGGCCGAAUUCUUGACAACAAGAAUGUUAUUUCUUCUGUGGAGGGAACUUCGAGAAAGCAAACCGAAGACGCUUGGAAAAGAUUAUUCCCCGGCGAGCCAUUUGAACUGGAUUUGGAACUUCAGCAAGAGAAUAUCUCUGGUCAAGGAGUAGUGGCAGAGAAUUUCACGAAGUAUGAUUUGAUCGCAGCUGCUCAAAGACAAGCCCCUUUCUUUUAUCAGGUCUCCCAAUGCCAUAUGAACGACACUCGCUAUAUUAUAGGAGCUGUGGCAAGGUACAAAGGAUUUCUGCACCUAAUCAAGAGAAACAAGGAGAAAGGCAUCAAGAGCUUCUCUGUCCCCACUUACGACAUUGACCUUAUCUGGCACACUCAUCAGUUGCAUCCAGUGUCUUAUUGUGAAGAUCUUCUAAAAAUAAUGGGAAAAAUUUUGGAACAUGAUGACACUGAUUCUGAUAGAACAAAGGGUCAGAAAUUGGAUGUUGGGUUUACUGGGACGACCAAGACCUUUGAGGACCUGUAUGGCCAUAGGUAUUGGAGAGCUGGAGCAAUGUACAAGGGCAAUGCCCCUUCACCGGUCAGACUUACUCCUUACUUGGGCACUGUCACGAAGAAGGUAGCAAGUUUGAAUGAGAGCCCAAUAGUAGCACUUCCUGCGACAAAAGUUUUUGAGGUCAUGUUGGAGUUUGUGAGUGUAAGGAAUCUUCCAGAGGGACACAAUGGAAGUCUCUGUGUGUCCUUCAGUAAAUCGCAGCCAGAUAUGAUCUUCAAUGCAAAGAGAACCCUGAAAAUUCUCUCUGAAUCUGGUGAGAAACAAGUGGCAUGCUUCCAGUGUGAGCCUACUGGGAAUCUGCUCUUUGAGCUCAUGUCCUCACCUUCUGUUUCACCGCUCAUAAAAAAAGUCAAGAACAUAGGCACUACUUUCAUAUCUCUGGAAGACUUCCUGUCACCUGACUCCAAUCUUACUGUGGAAAAAUGGUUGGAUUUGGUUCCUAGUUCACACAUCACGGAAUCUAAGCCGAUUGGCUUGCGAGUGGCCAUAUCAGUUACCAUACCUACCCCAGCACCACAUAAACUUCAUAUGGUUCGGUCUCGGCCAUUUUCGAAAAGUUCUUGCUUGUUCCCAUUGCCAGUCAGGGCCCAAUUCUCUAAAAAUUGGGCACGCAUAGAAGAUGAGGAAGGAAACAUGGUUCUCAACCUGCAUAUGAGAGAUCAACAUAAGUCAAAAGGCAAGAAAGAAUCUAGGAAGAAAGUAGUGGUUGGAAUCAUGGAUUCGGGCAAAGCAUGUACUCUGGCCGAGGGUGCAGAGUCCAAGUGGUCUAUGGUGAAUUCUCCAUGGUCCCUUAAGCUUCCGAACACAAACAAUGAUGACGGACACCUCUUCGAGAUGACCGGUCCUCAUACUGUAAGACUUUUUCUUGGUGGAAGGCUGGACUAUGAAUCAAGGCGCUGUGCAAAACACAAAGCUGAGCAUCAACAUGAACCUCACCUAAUAACAGCUGUAAAAUUCUCUACUGAAGAGCCAUAUGGAACAACAGUGGCAUUACUUGACAUGAAGUCUGGCACUGUCAAGGUAAAAGAAGACUGGUUCGUUUUGCCCAGCCUCAUAGUUACAUUUAUACUAGGUAACAUAUUGAGAAAUGAAGGGCAUUGCAAUAUGGCGUUGCACAGCGAAGAACUCUCAAACGAAGCACAUAAUAUUGCAGUAGGAAAAGAGACCAACCAGGCUCCUCUGCCGAAGGAAUUGGUUGCAGCAAACACAGGUGUUCUCGCUGGAGGUUGUGGAGGAUGUGGCAGCGGAUGUGGAAAUGGAGUGAGGACCGUGGAGUCUGGUGGUUGUGGUGGAUGUGGAAGCAUGACGGCUAACACAGGUGGUUGUGGUGGAUGUGGUGGUAGUGGUGGGUGUGGAAGCAUGAUGGCUAAAGAUGGUGUUAGCGGUGGCUGUGGUAGUGGAUGUGGUGGUGGAUGUGGAAGUGUGAUGGCUAAAGAUGGUGUCAGCGGUGGGUGUGGUAGUGGAUGUGGCGGUGGCUGUGGUGGUGGAUGUGGAAGCAUGAUGGCUAAAAAUGGUGUUAGCGGUGGCUGUGGUGGUGGAUGUGGUGGCUGUGGUGGUGGAUGUGGAAGCGUGAUGGGUAACUCCGGUGUUAGUACUGGUGGUUCUAAGAACAUGGAGAAAUCUGGUGGUUGCGGAGGUUGUGGGGCCGGCGGCUGUGUAGGCAUGAGCGACGGAGGCUUAAACCAAGAGAUCGUUGUUGCGUGAUAUGUGAGGCUACCAGAAUGUCUAAACUGAUUGUGUGUAUAUCCAAUAAGUCAGUUUGUGUGUGUGUUUGUAGUCAUCUUGAUUCUGUGAGAGAAGCCACUCAGCGGUGACAUCUCCCUUGAUUGUGUGUGUAUGCAAACUAUUAAGGUCCUUUUUCAAUAAAUCUGUUCAUUAUUUGCAA